UUGUUUUUCCCUUCUGCUGGAGAAAUUUGAAGUAUCUACGUCAAAAUUGACAAAAAUAUUGCCUUUUGAGACUGAGCGUAGUGAAAACCCAACAUUAACGUCUUCGGGAGAUGGAUAAGAGAACACGCAGGACUGUCUGGGAAGCUAAAAAGGCUGCUAGACCAGAACUCCGAGAUCUUGGAGAUUGGGAGCGGUUUCAAUUCUGUGCCAAUUUCCAGCCUCACAUCGAAGCCGUACGAGCCAAAGACAACUGUCACAGAGUCGACGUGAACGCAGUGACAACCGAUGAGUUCAUUGAACUAUUUGAGAAACCUGGACGACCGUGUGUCAUAGUGAAGGAUCAAGAUACGUGGCUGGCGCAAAAGAAAUGGACAGUGCGGAGGCUGGCCAAGAAAUACCGCAAUCAGCGCUUCAAGUGCGGCGAAGAUGACGAGGGCUACUCCGUGAAAAUGAAGAUGAAAUAUUACGUGCAAUACAUGCAGAACAACAGGGACGAUAGCCCCCUCUAUAUCUUUGACAGCAGCUUUGCAGACCAUCCGAAGCGCAAGAAGCUGCUUGAAGACUAUGUGGUACCACACUUCUUUCAAGAUGAUCUCUUUCAGUUUGCUGGGGAUGAAAAGCGUCCCCCGUACCGCUGGUUUGUGAUGGGCCCAGGGCGGUCAGGGACCGGGAUUCAUAUCGACCCGUUAGGCACUAGCGCUUGGAACGCUCUAGUCAAAGGUCAUAAAAGAUGGUGCAUGUUCCCAACUCAGACGCCCAAGGAGCUGGUGAAACCGUCCAUUAACGAUGGAGGCAAGCAGAGGGACGAGGCAAUCAUGUGGUUCUCACACGUCUACCCUCGCACUCAAGACCCGUCAUGGCCGCAGGAAUUCAAACCAAUUGAGAUUCUUCAAGGACCUGGGGAAACUGUGUACGUUCCGGGAGGCUGGUGGCACGUUGUUCUGAACCUUGACACAACCAUAGCCGUCACUCAGAACUUCUGCAGCAGGACAAACUUCCCUGUAGUCUGGCAUAAGACCGUUAGAGGGCGCCCUAAACUCUCCAAGAAAUGGUUCAAGUCCCUUCAGAGAGAAUGGCCAGAGAUAGCAGCUAUGGCUGACCACGUGGAUCUAUCCAAGCCCAGCGGUCUGCAGUCUGAUAGCUCCUCGGAUAGCUCUAGCUCCAGCUCCAGUGAUGACAGCGCUUGCUCCUCGUGCGAAAGCAGCGGGAACGAAUCCGAGGCUGAGAAACGUCACGAUAAAAGAACUAAAAGGCGCAAGGUUGGGAGUGAAGGUGGCACGGAUAUACAGGAAAACGUGACACACUAUGACCCCAGAACGCACAUGACGUACACCAGAUGACACGGCCAAUCAGCUUCAAGCAUUCAUCCAGGGGCAUCCUGGGAUAGAUUGUAAUAUUACUGAGUGCUAGCCAGGAGGGUUGCGGACGCAAGGUGUUGCCAUAUUUUGAAACUGCUUCGUUUUGGAAGCUGAAGUUGUAAUACUACUAUUCGCUAUUCAGAGGAUGUAUUGUACAGGUAUAAUAUAAACCAAGAAGCAUUUGCAUAUUGCCAUAAUGACAUCCAUUUUAAAGCCCCACUGUACUACUUGUAGCUACUUGCUCCCUCUAUAUAGAAAACAAUGCCUAAGCGGUGACCAUUGGUCCCCCACGAUCCUCUAUUUCUUAUGUUAAUUGAGAGCUGAGUUGAUGAGAUGGCCACCUGUCAGCGACCAUGCUUGGGUGGUGUAAUCCCUCCUGGCCAAACUAGUAUAGACAGGCUUUAAGGCAAGUAACUUACGUGUAUUGCAAAAAAUUCAGUGCUGUGUCGUUUGUGAUUUAAUUCUUCUGCAGCAUAAAACUUUUUUUACAAAUCUGAACAAUAUUUGAAAACAUUUCACGAUCUUAAAAGUCUCUGGUUUUUACUACAGUCUGAGAAGAAAUGAAAUCUUUAGGAUGCGAUUUUCUUGAAUCAACAUCUGUUGUCGGCACAUCAUUUUGUGCUUUUGUACUAGACAUAAAAUUGAUUUCCUGUAAGGGGAAGACCAACCUGAUAUUAAAGGGAAAGUCCACCCCCAAAAUAAGUUUGUUUCGAUAGAGGCAGAAUAAUAAGAAAAUCA